UCGCCGCGCCGCCGCCGCGACUACACGCUUGUCACGGUCACUCCGCGCAAGCGCGCUACAUCGCGCCCACCCCAUUGACAGUGACGUUUCUAAGCAUGACAUUCGCGUUUUCGGUGUGAUUGAAGAUUGAAUAAAUAAAAUAAAAAUUAACAGUGUUCGUGGUUACAGUGGAUUUAUAUUAAGGAUGGGUGUCGGCUAGGACCAUGAUGCGUAAAGGGCCCGUUUCGGGCGCGGAUUUCGCGCUGGACGCUGCCGAGUGCAUAUCGCUUCAGCAGAUUCUGCAGGCGUUCAACUCGACGAUAAGUGAGGAGCACGCCUGGGCGCUGGCCUACCAGGCGGCCAGGUGCUACCAGAAGUGCCUGGCUGACGGGAACACCUGCUACUUGGCGACGGAGCCACGGCACGUGCUGCUACAUAAGGAUGGCUACGUGCAUCCUAAUACGCUGGUUCAGCCUGGAGAUGACAGCAGCCGGGAGGAGGUCACCUCGGAACAGCAGUUGGUGGUGAACCUGGCGCUGGCCAUCUACCACGCGCUGGACUACACCCACUCGGAGGAUGAGGAGCGACUCAUCUCGCCAGACCUCGAGGGGCUCAUCACCGAGAUGACGGCUUGCGAGGCGCCUGAUGACGAGGAAGAACUCGGUAUCCUGUCGGAAGGCUCGGAGACAUCGGAGGGCGGACGCGCGGACACGGACGACGAGGGCAUCGAGCGCGACGCGGACCCUGCGCCGCGCCGCCGGCGGCGACGGCGGUUCAUGCUGCGCGACGUCGUCGAGCGUUGCGUAUGGCACUGCGGCGGCGGGCACCGGUCGCGCGACACGGCCGCCGCGCACUACCGCGCCGUGUGCCGCGCGCUGGUCGCCGAGGCGCUGGAGCUGGGCACCUUCCUGGCGAGGGUGCGCGUCGGCGGCGCCAGGGACCUCGGCGCCGCCGAGGAGUCCGUCACGCAUCUGGACACGCUCCAGUUCUCUGAUUGGGCGCGGUUUUGGAUGCAAGUUAUCGGAGAGUUGAGAAUGGGUGUUAAGUUAAAGAAAGUCAGUUACUCGCGGACCCCCAUCGAGUACGAGUUGACCCCGUACGAGAUACUCAUGGACGACAUCAGAUCCAGGAGAUAUACUUUAAGAAAGGUUGACGGCGCGAUACCACCGAGUGUAAAGAAAGACGCACACGCAAUGAUUCUCGAAUUUAUUAGAAGUAGGCCUCCAUUAAGAAAGGCAUCAGAACGCAAACUACCCCCACCACGGCGAGAAGCGACUCCUCGAGAGAAGCUGCUGGCCUCCAUCCAGGUCGGGCGGCAGCUGAGGCCCACACCCUACUCGAGGAGAUUAGCAACGAGUGGGUCCGGUAGCGGGCCGGGGGGAGGCGAGGCGAGGCGGGGCGACGUGACACCGCACGCGCCGCCGCAAAGGAGGCUCAUCAAAGUCGACUUUGACAACCUAGAGGACGAUGAAGACGAGGAAGACACAGAGACCUGCGCGACUCCAGAAGUAUGCGCGCCCCAACCGUUCCCGAGGCACACGGCACCGCAACAGGCGCCUAAACCCUGGAAGCGAACAGAAGAAACGCCUCCACGAGCGCCCCCCCGCACGCGAAUAUCGCACGACGAGUAUCACCAGUUCUGCGACGAGGCCCUGGAAUCGUACGACUUGGCAACGCAAUGUCCGUCUCGACGCGCCUCCAUGCGGCGCCAUACCGUGGCACACGUACACCCUGUGUGCCCACCGACAGAUGGCGCUCACUCCUUGCCACACUCAAGGCCGGGCUCCCGAGCGUCGUGCGCGGGCGCAGCCUCGCUAGCGAGCAGCGACGACGCGCAGCUCGGCGAGCUGUCCUGGUCUCGCUCGUCGCUUCAGGACGAGCUCAUCAAGUCGGUUAGUGGCAGCCCCAGAACUCAGCACAAACAGUGGCAGGACGCCAUAAUGUCCGACGACCGACUGUCCCUGACUCUUGAAGAGAUCGUCCACAUCAGAUCAGUUCUGACGAAGGCGGAGCUUGAAGUAUUGCCUGUCGAAGGCAGGGUUAAAGAGGACGUGGAGAAGAGAAGGGUAUGCUUCUUAUGUUUGAAGACAAGAUUCGGCAUUUUUGGUCCGUGGGGCCAGAAGUGUAAGCUGUGUAAGAAGACUGUUUGUCAGAAAUGCUGCUCGAAGAUGCGUAUACCAACGGAGCAUUUUGCGCACGUGCCAGUAGUACUGCUCAGCCCAUCGCUGCUGCCGUCGCCAGAAGACGAGCCCUCUUUCCCGAGGAGCCUCAUGAGUCGGCUGGUGCCGGAACACUCGAGCUCAGAGCAGAACAGCGUAGGGAGCGCGCCGAACAGCCCGGCAGCCUCGCGCCGCGCGGCCCCCGUGCACUCCGCGCCCGGCUCGCGCGGCGCCAGCGCCAUGGGCUUCGCGGAGCUGUCCGUGCCGCCUGCCAUGAGCCGCAGUGUGGAGGGGCCUGAGAGCAUGCCGGUCACGUUGCCAGUGCAAACGCCAGAGCGGAGGGCCCGCUACAGCCGGAGCACGACGAACGCGACGGCGGCGGAGCGGCUGCGCGGCGUGCAGAUGGCGGUGUGCCACGACUGCAAGGCCAUGGUGCUGCAGAUCAUCAAGUCCUCGCGCGCCUCGCGCUCCGCCUCCCGCGACCGCGCGCUGCGCACCCUCACGCUCGACCUCGCGCCCGUCUACACCGCCGACUGCUAGUGCACGACGGCUGACGCUUGUCCGAUUGAGUUCAGGGGAUGAUCGUUGAUGGAGCUUUAAACGCGUUUGAACCGUCCGAUCUGCCUAAUCGGUUGGUUCGCAAAAGGCCUCUCUUGAAACGUUUCUCGGUUUCAGCUUAAAUACUAUCUCCUCCUGCAAGAAUAUGCAUUUAUUCGUACCUUUUAAGGAAUUAACGAGGCCGAAUAUCUUCAACCUUGAUUUCAAACGGACAAGCGCUCAUGUUUCGCUCACCGAGUGUACAUUCUGAAUAUUUAAACUGCUAUAAAUUAAAAUGUUGUAGAUUCUGGGUAACUCAAACUAUCGCAUCGCUUUCUUUGAAGCGAAAUCAAAUAUUUAAUUGGAAACCUUGAUGACCUUUUUUUGCUCGACAUUCUUUAUCAUUUUCCUUUGAAAACAUGACAUUUAACGCUUUACAAUCCGAAUCCUUUGACAUCAAUCCCAGAUUUCAACCCGGACAAUAAACAGUGGAAAAAGAUCUGAUUCUAAAAUUGGUUCUUAAAGUAGAAUUAGGUAUACCUAGAUAAUACCAAACCCCUAUUUCACCAACUUGACAGUAGUUAUCUGACACUGACACACAUUUCUGCUUGGACAGGCGACUAUGAACUUGACAAUGCAAAAAUGUACGGCAUAUUGUCAAUGUUAAAUAACAAUUGUCAUUGUCAAGUUGGUGAAUUGUCAAGGGGAGAUAACAAGGAGCUUCCGAGGUUGUGUGGAUCUAACAAUUUGUUUUAACUAGACAAUGACUCUUGACAAUACUCUAUGACCUUUUGACAGAUACCUAAUAAUUUUAUUUAUCGCACAAAUUCAUUUUCCCAUUUUUAAUCAAAUUAAAUAUUUACAACAGAGACAUUCUCGCCCAGAUGUAUUUAAUGAUAUAAUGAUAAAUGUAAUGAUAUAUUCCAAAACUAAAUCAUAUUUUGUCACGUAUUGUAAUAGAAAAUAGAAAUAUUUAUAUUCAUAUUUUUUCCAAAUAGAAUGUUUGAUGUUUCGAAAUGUCUAUAAUAAAUGAUUGUAAAUCAAAGUAAUCUGUGUUCAGAAAUAAUGAUGUGCUAUGAUUGUUAUUGUAUAAAGAAAUUUAUCGUGUACAUAGAUGUAUUGAUAUUGGUAAUUCUGUCGAUUGGAUACCUUACCUCCGCACCGAGCAUGACUAAGGUGUGAUAUGCUCCGCCCGCCACCUCGUCAACCUAAAAAAUCAGGUUCUGACUUUUCAAGACUUUACCGACCGACUGACAUUGAUAUGACCUUGGUUAGGGCAUUUCUCAUAUCACAUCUAUUAUAAUAUUGGAAUCACUGGCAGUUAGCUAUUUCAUAAAGCUUCUAGAAUAGAUGUGGCGUACGAUUCAGUCUAAGAAGCAGUUUUCUGUGCCAUAAAAUCGAUUAAUCAAUUCAGACAUUAUUAUUGCUAUUAUAAUCGUGCUUACCUCCACGUCCCCUCGAUACUAGUGUUAGGAUCGCACCAAUGAAGAACAAAUAUAUAUGUGUCGUUGUAAAGAACUUACUAUUCACUUAUUUAUUUCCUCGCUUUGCCAUCUUAUUUAUUUACUAUGAAAUGCCGGUCCCUGCGCUCAGAUCUUUUUGACUACGUUGAAUGGAAUCAACUAAAUAAAUUGAAUUUUAGGAAUUUUUUUUCGAAAAUCCCAGUGAAAUUUAAAAUUGCGGGGCCGGCAUAAUCAAGUCUGAUUGUGUAAAAAGUUAAUUGUAAGCUUAGUUUCCUCAUUCCACUAUCAUGUCUUAGUUUUAUUUAGAUGUAAAUUAAAUUAUUUUGCCAAAUAUGUAACCACUUUCGAUAUUUUCUUGUAAAUAUAGCUUCUUUAAGUGUUCUCUAAUCGGUUACUUAAUCCUAUAUAGAGGUAAGUUUGUAUAAGAUUGUCAGCCAUGCUAUGGUGGCGCGUUAUGUUCGUAGUCGAUUGAAACAAAGUACUCCUUGUCGACGACGACCACAACGUUGCGUUAUACUAAUCAAGCUACGGCACUCGGCACUCGCUGAAUCCUUUAGAAGUUUUACAUUCCCUCCGUUAUGUUAUAGUUCACUUUAGUUAUAUUCAUCUUAUCUAGUUUUUUGUUUAUUAACAGGCGCCUAUUACACCACGCUGACAAUUGGCACCUGACACUGACAAUUUUCUGUACAAUGUCGGGUUGAUAAGUCGGUACUUUUCGACCCGACGACGACAGUACGUAGCGUCAAUGACUAUUGACUUGUUGGAACAGCAAAGUAUGCCGAAUUGUCACUGUCAGGUGACAAUUGUCAGUGGUGAAACAGGGGCCAGUUCUUUGCAUGGUCGAUCGAAAAUGAGGCCUAAUUCUUAUAAUAUAAAGUCGUAUUUACACUUACCUACGUACAAUCAAAUUAAAACAAUUUCCUUACAAUUUUUCUGUUUAUGUGACAGACAUUACAUCGACACUUAUGAAGUGUAAAUGCGACUUUUUCUAUAUCAGUGUAAAACAUUACUGCUCAGAGAUCAAAAGAAGUCGAAUUACCAGUUACAGAUCAUUGUAAAUGUGUGUAAAUUGUAGUAGUCUAUAUUAGAUGUUACGUAGAUUGUAACUAUUAAAAACAUACCUAAAAUAAAAAGAGGAAAUAAAAAAACGAUACCUAAUAAAAUAAUUACAAAUC